UUUGAGCACCUUUGAUUUUUCUUCCAACUUAACUGACCUGCUGCCCUUCAACAAAGGCUAUUGGAUUGACUCUUCCUUGCCUUGCCUUUCCAACCAUCUAAUAUUUUGGAACAAUUUCUCACCCCAUCUUCAAAACCCUUAAUUAAUCAGAAAAAUCUCUGUUCAUUCUACUUCCAUGGGUUUCAAAAUCACCCUUAAUUUUAUAGUAAUUUAUUUCUGGUCCUUGACACCCACAAUCAUCCUUGCUCAGAAUUCAAACCAAUUCAUCUAUCAAAAUUUCCAAGGUGCCAAACUUCAUAUAGAUGGUGCUGCAACACUCCAUUCUAAUGGCUUAUUACAGCUAACCAACUACACAAAACAAUUAACUGCUCAUGUUUUUCACCCAACUCCUCUAAACUUUUCUUCAUCAUCUUCUUACUCAUUUUCUACCACUUUUGUUUUUGCUAUGUACCCAGAAAUUCAAACCAUAAGUGGUCACGGAAUUGUGUUUAUUCUCUCUCCUUCAAUGGAGUUUCCCAGUGGCGUUCCGGGCAAGUUUUUCGGUAUUUUUAAUUCUGCAGCUGAUUUUAAGCCUUCAGAUAAUAUUUUUGCUGUAGAAUUAGAUACCAUUCAGGAUUUUGAAUUCAAUGAUAUUGAUAGUAACCAUGUUGGUAUUAAUGUCAAUAGCUUGAUUUCUAAUGUCUCGGCGUCUGCCUCUUAUUAUUCUGAUGUUGAUAAACAGAACAAAAGUCUUAACUUAACCAGUGCAAAACCAAUGCAAAUUUGGAUUGAUUAUAAUGAUAAAACUAUGGUGUUUAAUGUAACAUUGGCUCCUCUUGGAAUACUUAAACCAAGUAGGCCUUUGUUAUCUCAUCAUGUCAAUCUUUCUGGAAUUGUUAGAAAAACAAUGUAUGUUGGUUUUACUUCCUCUACCGGUUCGGUGGCUAGUAGUCAUUAUCUACUUGGGUGGAGCUUUGCCCAUGGUGGGAACGUCAUGCCAACCCUUGAUUUAUCAAAUCUUCCUAAGCUUCCGCGCUAUGGAAAUGGGCGAAAAUUGAGUGUUGGUUCAAUGAUUUUGUUGAUUGUUAUAUCAGUCAUAGUUGUAACAAUUGGUUUGGUUUAUUAUAUGAUAAGAAGAAAGAAAUUUGAGGAAGUUGUGGAAGAUUGGGAGCAAGAAUACCUAUUGCAGAGAUUUUCAUAUAAGGAUCUUUAUAAUGCUACUAAGGGGUUUAAAGACAAGGAGCUUUUAGGAGUAGGGGGUUUUGGGAAGGUUUAUAGAGGGGUCUUAAAGUCGCCAAAACUCGAAGUUGCUGUUAAGAAAGUUUCACAUGGUUCAGGCCAAGGAAUGAAGGAAUUUGUUGCGGAAGUUGCUUGUAUGGGGAGGUUAAGACACCGAAACUUGGUACAACUCUUAGGAUACUGUCGUAGGAAAUGCGAGCUUCUCUUAGUCUAUGAUUACAUGCCUAAUGGUAGCCUUGAUAAGUAUCUUUACGAAGAAGAUAAACCGAAUCUUUCAUGGAACGCAAGAUUCAAGGUCAUUCGGGGUGUGGCUUCUGCACUUGUAUACCUUCAUGAAGAGUGGGAGCAAGUAGUUGUGCAUCGAGAUGUUAAAGCAAGUAAUGUUAUGCUAGAUGCAGACAUGAAUGCAAGAUUAGGUGACUUUGGGUUAGCAAGAUUAUAUGAUCAUGGUACUAAUCCUCAGACUACUCAUGUGGUUGGGACAGUUGGAUAUCUGGCACCCGAGCUUACUAGAAAGGGAAAGGCGACUAUUAGCACCGAUGUUUUCUCAUUUGGGGUAUUCAUCCUUGAAGUUGCAUGUGGGAAGAGUCCAAUUACUGCCCUUCAAGGUUCGUCACGGGAGAUGUAUUUGAUUGAUUGGGUGUAUGAAUGUUGGAAGAAAGGGAUGAUUCUCGAAGCUUGUGAUCCCAAAUUAGGAGGAGCGUAUGUUGUGGAAGAGAUAGAGCUAGUUUUAAAACUAGGCAUGCUGUGCUGUAAUCCUAAACCAGAAGGGAGACCUAACAUGAGGCAAGUGAUGCAGUUUUUGAAUGGAGAUAACCCUUUGCCUGAGAUGACGCCUUUUGACGCAAAAGCUGCUCAGGCGAAUUUGGGUUCCUUUCCGAUAUCUUCUGCAGGCAACUCCGCUUGUGCUUCUUAUAGCAACGAUUCCAUACUACAGGUUGGUCGUUAGAAUAAUGUAUGCAAUUCAACACCAUGCCUACAAAUGGUUCAUGUUUAUAUGAAUUCAUCCUUUUUUUUUUUCUUUCUCUUUCUCGAUGUGUUAAUCCAUAACACAUUCCUGCUUCUGCAGAAGCAAGGUUCUGUUCCUGUAAUGUAGUUUCUGUUAGGCUUAAAGAUGAGUUUUCAUAGGCCUGUUUUUCUGUGAAUCUUGUACGUUGGCCUGAUGAUAUGAUUCGGUUAUUCAGAGCGAUUCUAGUAAGUUGUAACGAAGUUUUUUCGUGUAAUUAUCAUCUGUUCUUGUGAAAACUAAUGUAUAUCGGAAAGCUCCUAUGAACAGCAGUGUUAGAUUGUCUCUCA